UUACAUGUGAAAAAAAAAAACAACAGCUGUUGCAAAAGUGGAAGUAGGGUAGUAAAAAAAGCUGCAAGGGUAUUUUUCCCUCCAAUUAUUUGUGUGUAUAUGUGUGUAUGUGUAACUACCCCAUUGUAAUGCCAAACAAUUGUGUAUUUUUAUGUUUAUUCUAUAUAAAUAUAUAAUAUAGCCAAAAACAGGCACAAACAUGUUUAAAACCAAGAGGGUUUGACAUCAAGCAACAUCAUAACCGUCAAGCCAUUUACUCAUUUUUAUUUACUCAUCAUAUAUUAUUUAUUUAAAAAAAUAAAAAAUAGAGCAACAGUUGUGUGCAGUGAAUAUAGUGAUAUAUAAUAAUAUUAAUUAGUUUUAAUUGAAAAUAAUUUGUUUUUAUUUACGUUGUUGUUGGUAUGAUUAUUUAUUUUUUUAUUUAUUUAUUUAUGUGUCAUGCAAACACAAGCCGGUUGUUUUUUUAUUUAAAUAAUAAUAAUAAUUUAUAUUGAAUUAUUUGGAAUAUUUAAAGAAAAUAAAAUAAUAAAUAAUAUUUAUAUUAAAUGGCACAAACGGAGUCAUUAAUGAUUGAUACUGACAGUGGAAUUGCAAAUGGUACUAAUGAUGAAGCAAUUCAAGAUAGAAAUCAAUUUGAAGAUAAUAAUGAUGAACCGAUACAUAUAUUUGAACAACAAAAAACACCAAAUCAUAAUAUUAAAUCAAUGAAUAAUUCAAUAUUUAAUACAAUCUCAAAACUUGUUAAUCCACCAGCCAAGGUACCAGAAAUUCAAGAUUUUACAAUUGUCAAGCCAAUAAGUCGUGGUGCAUUUGGUAAAGUGUUUCUUGGAUAUAAAAAAACAAAUACUGAAAAAGUAUAUGCAAUAAAAGUUAUGAAAAAAAAUGAAAUGAUACAUAAAAAUAUGGCAUCACAAGUUGUUAUUGAAAGAAAUGCAUUGGCAAUAACCAGAAGUCCAUAUUGUGUACAAUUAUUUUAUUCAUUACAAUCAUUAACAUGUGUUUAUCUUGUUAUGGAAUAUAUGGUUGGUGGUGAUUUAAAAAGUUUACUUGGUUAUUUCGGUUACAUGGAAGAAUCAAUGGCUAGUUUUUAUAUUGGUGAAGUUUGUUUAGCACUUGAAUAUUUGCAUUCACAUGGUAUUGUACAUCGUGAUAUUAAACCAGAUAAUAUGUUGUUAUCACGUGAAGGACAUGUUAAAUUAACUGAUUUUGGAUUGAGUAGAAUAUCAACACUACAUCGUGAUCUUGAAAUAUCUGAUUUAGUUAAUUGUACACCAAGUUUAUGUGCCAGAACACCUGGACAAUUAUUAUCAUUAACAUCACAUUUAUCAUUUGGUUCUGCUGGACGUUCAGCAUGUGAUGCAAAUAUUAUUGAUACAAGUGAUGAUGAUAAUGAUGAUUCAAAUAAAUUAGCACCAGCAUUAAUUAAAAAUCAACAUGGCUCAAUUAAUUCAUUAAUAUUAUCACCAUUACCAAAUCAAUCAAUUGGUAAAACAUCACGUAUGUCUGGUUUAACAUUAUUUCAAUCACCACCAGAACAAAAAUUAACAACUCGUAAUAAUAAUAAUAAUAAUAAUAAUGAUAAUACUGAUGAUGAUGAUGAUGAUGAUGAUGAUAAUGAUGUUGAUGAUGAUGAUGUUGUUGAUGAUGAUGAUGAAUGUAGUAGAGAUAGUUUAUUAAGUACAUGUAGUUAUCAUACAUGUGAUACAUCAUCAAUUAAAAAAUCAGAUGAUUCAAGUAAAGAUAGUAAAACAACAACAACAAAUAGUGAUGAAUCAACAAUUGAAGAAAUAAUAUUAAAAAAUGAUAAAAUAAUAAUUGAUGAUACUAGUCCAGUUAGUACAUGUACUAAAAGAAUACGUGGUACUAAAAGAAAACGUGUUAAUAAUUUAUCUAAUACAACUGGUUUAACACGUGAAAUAAAUUUAAUGGAAAUUGAAAAAGAUAGAACACCAAAAAGACUAAAUCGUGGUACAAUAUUUGGAUCUAAAAAAAGUCUAAAUAAUCAUGAUACAAAUAUUGAUAUUAAUAAUAAAAAAAGCUAUUUAUUAAAAUUAAAAAAUAAUAAACAUUUAUUAUUAAAUGAUAUGAAUAAUCGUGUUGCAUUUAGUACACCAGUAACAAUUAUUAAAAGUGAUGGUAAUCAUGAUUAUCUUAAUAUAAAUAAUCACAUAAAUAACAGUUUAAAUUCAUGUAAAUCAACACGUUUUGAAUUUCCAAUGUCAAAUAUAACACCAACAACAAGACCAACAACAACAACAACACCAAUAACUGGACACAGUAUAUCACCAAUUAAAACACCAGCAGCAUCUGAUGCAUCAUAUACACCAUAUCGUACACCAAAAAGUGUAAGACGUGGUGGUGGUGGUGGUAUACAAGGUAAUGCUAAUCGUUCUGAUGAUCGUAUACUUGGUACACCAGAUUAUCUUGCACCAGAAUUAUUAUUAAGACAAGGACAUGGUCCAGCUGUUGAUUGGUGGGCACUUGGUGUUUGUUUGUAUGAAUUUUGUACUGGUAUACCACCAUUUAAUGAUGAUACACCACAAGCUGUAUUUGAUAAUAUAUUAUCACGUGAUGUUGCAUGGCCAGAAGGUGAUGAAUCAUUAUCAAAAAAUGCCAUUGAUACUAUUGAUUCAUUAUUAACACUUGAUCAAAGUUUACGUCCAUCAGCAAAAGAUGUUAGAGUUAUGGAAUUUUUUAAUAAUUUUCCAUGGAAUGAUCCAACAAAAGCAACUCCACCUUUUAUACCACAACCAGAUGAUAAUUAUGAUACUUGUUAUUUUCAAGCUCGAAAUAUACUGCAAGAUCUGAAAGUGAGUAGUUGUGAAAAUUGAUAAUUAAUUUUCUCUUGGCUACUUUUUAAGUUGCAUUUUACAUAAUCAUUUUUAAGUAUUUACCAAGUGUAUAUUAAUAUAAUUAAAACAAUAUUAUAAUUAAUUCAAAUGAUUAUCAUCAGAUAAUUUUAAAAUAUUUUAUUAAUUUUAUUUUAUUUAUUGAUGAAAAAAAAAAAAAAAAUGCAGUAUUUUGAUGAAUUUUUAAAAUUAUUUUUCGCUUUAUGUAUUAUCAAUUAUUAUUGUUUAAACAAUCAUGUAAAAAAUUAAAUUAUUCUUUUUUUUUUUUUUCUUUAAAUGUAAUUAUUAUUAUUAAUUAAAAUAAUAAUAUAAUAAUGAUUUUUUUUUGUUUUACAUACAUUAUAUUAUUAACUACGGUCGGUAGUUUAUCUAAGAUUUUUUGAAAUCCAUGGAAUAAAAUGAGUAACUCUUGUGUAUACACCUGGAUAUUGACCUUUACCACAACCAAUUCCCCAACUAACAAUACCAACUUGUGUCCAUCUUCCAUCAUUGACCAUCAAUGGUCCACCA